AUUGAAAGACCGAAAAAUUUUCCGGGUACACAAAAGUUCUGCCAAAGAGAGAUAUGUCAUCAUUGAGAUAACACCAAAAUAAAGAACAAAAAUGCCCCGAAAAAGGAAGGAUCGUUCUUUAGUGGAUAGUAGCUUGGAAUCAGAUGACCUUAAUGGCUCAUAUAGAAGUUAUAGGGCAGAGAGAAGUGAAGAUGAUGAGAGUCUAAACUCAGAGUCUGAAGAUGACAAACAUCAUGUUAGCUCUGAAAGUUUGGACCAAUCGACUGAUAGUAAAGAUGUGCCCAUUGCAGGGAGAACAAGGAAUCGCUUGUACCCUAAUCUAGAAGACCAUAUAAGUUCACGUCCAUCAAUCCAUUCUGAUGCUUCUCCAACUAGGUCACCUAGGCCAAAGAGAUCUCCUAGGAGAGCUGCCAACAGUCCAAGGGGAGAUUUAUCGGAUCAUAGCUUUACAUCAGUUUGCUCGUCACCUAAAUAUCCUCAAAGUUCUCCAAUAUAUCCAAAGCUAGAUAGAAGCGUAAUAGGAGAAUCUGUAGAAGACGCUACUCCAGAAAAUGAUGAAAGUGGUUCUUAUGUGUGUUUGUUUAUCGUGGCAGUGCUUGUUUUUGUUGCUGCUAUUUACUUCAGCGGCCUUAUGUCUCGUGAAAUUCCACCUCCUGAACCAAUAAAUAUACUCGCUGAUUUUGACUCCCUCAUGCAUAAUUUGAAAAGUACAUUUAAAUCACAAGACAGGAGGCUGUUUGUAUCAACAUCUUCGGCGAUCAAACCUGUACUAAAAUCUUGGGUUGAGAAACGGGAGACUCUAAAAUCUCCAGCAGUUGUGAUGAUUGCUGCCGUGUCCGGGGCCAUGGAAGCAACAGAAUGCUUUAGCAACCGCAUCUUAUCAAGCCUGCAGAAGUACAGUAACUCAACGUCCAUUGUAGAAAUUCAUAGCUCGCGGCUUCCGAAAAAUCCUGACCAAGCUAAAUUAGAGGUGGAUGACAAACUACGUGACGGAUUCAGUAAAGGGAAUAAAGUAGCAGAAAUAACCAAUCUCGACUUGAUGCCUGCCUCUGCUGGAUUAAUGCUUCAUGCGUUUUGUGAUAAUGAAAAUGCACCUUAUAAAGAUGUUGUAUAUUUUUUCAUUCUCCAGUUGGACUCAACGUAUAUUUCUGUAUCGGACUGGGAUGGGGCAGUUGAGAGGUUCCUAAUUAAACGUUGGGAGAAGGAACUUGGUACUGAUGAAAUGCAUGCUCUGCUUAGUAGAAUUGCAAAUAGCGUAGUAGUUGUGUCCCCAGAGAACAAUGAUGUUUUGAAAGCACACUGUCCCUGAUGAUAAAAUGAUGCCUAAAGUAAACUGUAGAUAAAUAAUAAGUCUAUACAUAAAGAGGUUUAAAAUCCUUAUGAAACUUUAAAUCAGAAUGCUCACUGGUUUUGUUUAUGAGUGAGUCAGGCUUUAUGAUGAAUGCUUUUCAGAAUUGAAGGUUGAGUCUGGGUUCUCACCAGGAAAUUUUUAG